CCUGCAGGAGGGACAGCCCUUCCCCCUGGCAGAGCUGGAGGAAGGUAUUCUGCAGGGACAGACAGGUAGAAGGAAAGGCACUGGGUUGAAAAUCCGAGGUAUGCCUGGAGCCUAGGGCGUAGUGCCCCAUGGCUGGAAGGUCACGUUCACUGGCAAGGGGAGGAAAAGUCCUUUUGGCAUGUGCGCAGGCAGGCUUCUGGCACAGAGAAGGAGGUCCAGGGCCCUUCCAUGAACUUGAACCCCAAAGCUGAAGUUGCAGGUCUAUCGUAGGACUGCUGUCAGGGUCAGGCGAGCCUCCAGGAAGAAGCUCCCUUCCCACCAUCCUCCUGCCUUCUCCAGCAGGGGCCUCCCCCCAGGGCUUGGCCACUCCCAGCAUCCAGCACCCCCACCCUCCGCUGGUUGGGAGGCAGGCAGGAGUUUUUUCUCGGGGGCUGUGCCGGGUGGGCGGUUUUCCCGGAGCAGGACUGAGUUGGCGCCAGCUCCCUCAGAUGUAGACACUGCUGGUGGGAUGACCAGCCUGCCCCAGCUCGCUUGAGCCCAAGGCUCCCUCAGGCACCGUGUUCCCGCCCUGGGGGCUGUGGCACCACAUCCCUAAGGUGUGGCAUGUCACAGAGGAAGGCCAGAGGGUCGCCCACGAUGCCCGGAGUGGGGCAGAGCCCGGCGAAGGCCAGGCCAAGGUUGCUAGCAGGCACCGACAGGAGGAGGAGCCGCCAGAGCAGGACGAGGCAGGACCUGUGGGAAGAGACCAGCUGGAGCAGCCAAAGGUGGAGCAGAGCAGCCCCUGCCCCAAGAGGGGCCAGGACCAGAAGCCUGUCUCGUGGCAAGAGCGAGGCCAGUCCCGAGAACGCAGCACGGGAGCGGAGCCGGGUCCGGACGCUGCGCCAGGCCUUCCUGACCCUGCAGGCCGCUCUGCCUGCCGUGCCCCCUGACACCAAGCUCUCCAAGUUGGAUGUGCUGGUGCUGGCCACCAGCUACAUAGCCCACCUCACCCGCACACUCGGCCAGGAGCUGCCCGGCCCCGCCUGGCCACCCUUCCUGCAUGGACUCUGCUACCUGCACCCUCUCAAGAAGUGGCCCAUGCGGUCCCGUCUCUAUGCCGGAGGCCUGGAGUGCUCUGGCCUUGACUCCACCACAGCCGCCACCUUGGGCCAAAGAGCAAAGGAGGCUGAGGCCAGGCCCCGAGCCUCUGGAGAGGCAGAUGCUCUCUUCCCGACCAGGCCACUCUCUCCAGCUUGUGGGGACAAAUGAUCCUCAUGCUCACCCUUCUUCCUAGAAUGCAACUCAAGCUUAGGGGCCUGGCUUCUGCACCAGGCCCUGCCUGUCUGCACUCUGACUCUUAGCCAUUGGAUCUGACUCAGCUCCCAGGUUCUGGCCUGCAGAUCAGGCGAAGCCGUGGGCGCGUCUGUGAUGGAGAGAACUCAGGAGCACCAGGGAGUGGGUCUCCAUCCUUGGCACCCAGGGGGUGACUCCACGGUGGCUCUUCCACGGCAGCUGCAAGGGAAAUGGGAGAGGAAGUGGUCUGAUGGGGUUGGAAGCCGAUUUAGGGCAACACCCCUUGCUUCCCCUCCCCCUAAAGUUCCCGCAAACCCUCUGGAGAUCGCAAGCAGACAGGCCUUCCUGCACAGGGGCAGAGGUAGCAGCCUGGGGUGGCGGCAGCCGCAGGGGCUGACGGGACAGUUGCAGGCCAGACUGGCUCUUGGCAGCUGUCGAGUGUGAACCGAGCUGGGCUGGGCUGGGGUCACAUCACCAGAGGGGAAGCUGAAGAAGGGAACGUGGUCGGUUUUUUUGCCACGACGUGCUUGCCGGAUGUCAAAGAAGCAGGAAGGAAUUUAGGAGGCUUGUCUCUGCAUUAUGGCGGCCUCUCCAGAUGCCCCUCAUCACGACAUUUUCUCCCUCGCUGGGCCCUGCACCCUUGCCCGCUUCUCUUGAUAUGAGUUAUAUUUACAGGUUCAGCCACAAAGCUCGCAUUGCGCACAUUCCAGCUCCCAGAAACGCUUGUAUCCCCUGCUGCCCAGUCUGAGACGAUCUCGGCCCAGAGGCAGCUCCACCCUGACUGAGCUAGUUGGCACCCUGAGGCCUUUCUCAAGAAGAAUGCAGACGGAGUCAGUUACAUCCUUGAAGGACCUUGGAAGAAGGUGUAUCUCUUCCAGGGAAUAAUAAUUGUAGUCUUCUUUUUCCAUUAUGUUAGAAACCUAACCUCCAGGGAAAACAAGGCCCGGGUUCAGUGGGCUCCUUGAGUGAUUUUGGACGAAGGCCUCACUGGCUCUGGAGUUAUUUUUACAAUCUGUCUACAAAUGACCUUUCCAGGGCCAGCUCCGCCCCUUCCCCACAUACUGCCCUCCCAGGCACUCCCUAAGUCGGGCCCUAGGGUGCCAGGAAUCCGAUAGUUCCGGUGCAGUUUACCUCUGGUCCUAAGGAAAUGAUCUAAGGACUAAUCACUGAGUCUAUGCUUACUGGAAAUGAUCUUCCAGAUGCCUGAAGUCCAGACAGAGCAGGAGCCAUGUUUUGGGGGAACUUCAGGGCCUCGGAGUGGGAGGGGGUGGGCCAAGACAAAUAGAGUCCCAGCAGGGUUAGCCUUAGACAGAGCCAGCAGCCCCACCAGGAGAAUGAACGAGGUUUGGGGCAGGCUGGGAGCGGCUGGGGUCGCUGGUGUGACGAGUUGCUGUCCUUCCACAGGGCCAGCCAGGGCAGCAGGGGAAAGGGGGCUGAUGGGGUGACUCAGCACGUCGGGGUGGAGGCAGGAAAGGAGACACAGAACGUUCUAGCCACGGCUGCACUGGAUGUGGGAGAGCAGCUGGACUGUGGCCGGGAGCCAUGGGAGAAGGCCGCAGCCAAGGCCGAGCUCGUAAAUCUACUGAGGGGCCCGGAGAGCUUGUGCAGAGCUGUUUCUGGGCAGCUGGACGGGGCCGGCCAGGGCAGAGACCAGGUGUGGGUGGGCACGAGACCAUUUCUUCACAAGACCAUAAAAGUCCAGCUCGAGAGUUCUAUUUUUAAAGCCAAAGAGCAGUAUCUUCCUGGUUGAGUGUGAGGGUGACUGGAAGAGGGGCAGAUGAAUUUCUUCCCAAGCCGGUGGCAUGCAGUGUUUUUCUGGGGAUGAAACUGGGAAAGCUGGCUUUGGGUGUGUGCGUGUGGGGGCUCCCCCCUAGAGCAUGAGACUUCUGACAACCGAGGGGACUCUGGUUGGGAGCAUACCCCGACCUGCCCAGCUCAGACCCAAGCCUGCGUCCUUCGGGGGGUGACCGUGUCACCCUGGAAGAGAGGACAAGGAGAGCAAAGGAAAGGUGAAGCUAGUGAGGGGCUGAGGGGCUGGCUGGGGGCCACCAUCAUUACACUUUCUAAGGCUGCCUCAGGCUUUUUCCAGGCAAAGCCGUGUCCCUUAGUGCCCGGACAGUCCCGGCGGUCCAGAGGCCAUCUUCCCCAGCCAGACAGCACCCAGCGCAGGGAGCACAAGGGCCGAGAGGGGCACGGGUCGAGUCCAGGGAAGGACGGGGGUGAACGAGCAUGACCAGAGGAAGUGUCAGCUCGGAGACUCGGAUCCACAAACACACCGGAGCCGGGAGUAACCACUUUUGCCUCUGCAGCAAAGGAAGAACACCUGCCCCGUGGGAGACUCUUUAUUCCGACCAGUGCUGGGGGCGUGGCGUGGACAAGGGCAGGUGGAGGCAGCUGACACUCAGGUGCAAAGACAGCGCCUACUCCCUGGGAACACUGGUGUGUGGGAAGGAGGUUCCAAAAGGAAGCAGGAGCACAGAUGACAAAAUGACACCAAGGCGGCCUGGCUCAGGACUCAGAGGGACGGCUGGUCUGCUUGGUGGUCUUGUGCCGCCUGGCCAGCCCCGGUGCCCCUGACUCGAGGAGGGUUGGGGACAGCAGGGAGAGGACGGCUUCCCGGAGCGGGGCCGGGGCCGGGUGUGCACCACUUUCGGAUGCGCCACAGGAGCGAGGGCAGAGGCUCAGCUGGGCUGUGGGAGCAGCAGAGCUGGCCAAGCGUUAUCUAAGUGCUGAGGUGGAGGCUGCAGAGCUUACCAAAUUGGCAACUACAGUAAUUAGAUAUAGUAAACCCAGCCUUCUCUGAAAAAUUCCUUGUCUCAUCUCCAGGAUGAGUCAGAUGGCACUCUCCUCUCCCUUCUGUGUCACAUGCCCGAAACCCAGGGACCCUGCGAGCUGAGAUUCGAGAUCAGGGGUUGGCAAACUAUGGCCAGUGGGCCAAAUCCAGUCCCCCUCGACCUGUUCCUGUAAAUCAGUUUUCAUUAGGACACAGUCAGCCCCAUGUGUGUACGUAUCACCUGUGGCUGCUUCCUGAUGCCACGGCAGAGUGGGACAGCUGCGACAGAAUGACUGUGAAGCCUUCAGUAGUCACAGGAGACGCUUGCUCACCCCCGCUCCAGAUCAGAGAUGCUCAGAGUGAGGCCGGGAACCUCGAGAGGGCAGGGCGGAGUCCCUGAGACCCUUUCCAUGUUCUCAGUGGCUGAAACUAUUUUCAUAAGAUGCCGUUUGCCUUUUUCCACACCUAUCCUCUCACAAGUGUAAUGGAAUUUUCCAGAAACCAUAUGACAUGCGCUGUUGCAACAGCAGAUGGGACGCAGAGUCUGACAGAAGGGUCCAGCUGUCUGUUACAGUAGACAUGACAGAUGUUUGCAAAAAUGUAAAGCAACGCCACUCUUCUCACUAAAUAUUUUCCAACGUGGAAAGCAAUUAUUUUUCAGAAAACUGUUAUAUAUGUUCACACAGAGUGAGUUAAUGCUAUUUAAAAAUAAAUAGUCUUUAAAAAUCA